CUAACGGUAAGGUCGCACGAUGGCCACCGCCACGCUUCAAUCGUUCAACGUCUUCCUGACGGAGAGAUUAACCGCUGCUGCGUUAGACAUCUAUGGAUUCGUGGAAAAGACAAUAAUAGACUACCAGGAGGAAGUGUACCGGACCAAACUAGAGAACCAGAGGCUGCAGCGGCUGCUGGAUUUGGUCUACAAGCCAGAGAUAAGACUGCACAGGGCAGAUGCCAAACAGCAAACUGCACCUACAUCUGCAGAGGAGGAUCACCCCAAGCAGCAGGAGUGGAGCCCCAGUGUGUGCCACGACGAGCCAGGACCCUCCCACAUUAAAGAGGAGCUGGAGGAGCAGAAGGAGGAACUGUGGAUCAAUGGGUGCAAGGAACAGUUUUCAGCUGAGGAGGACAGCGAUGACGGGGACGCCUUAACAAAAGCACUCAUCAAAACAGUGCAGCAGUUAGAGGACUGUACAGCUGCAGAGGAGAGCAGGGAGCCAAAGCAAACGACCGAGGAGGAUCCAGAGCCAUCUGAAGAGAAGACUAGCACCACCUUAUACCGCUGCCACAUAUGCAACUACAUAUUCACCAAAAAAACUGUGCUGACAUGGCACCUCAAGACGCACGAGGGCAAGUCACAUGACAGUAAGGGAAACUUUGACUGCCACAUAUGUGGCAAGCACAUCCCCUGUCAGAGCAAUCUGCAGAACCACAUGAGAGUACACACAGGAGAGAGACCCUACAGCUGCCAUUUCUGUGGCAAGUGUUUCAAACUGAAAGGACAUAUGACGGAACAUAUAAGGACUCACACAGGAGAGAAACCUUUCACCUGCCACAUCUGUGGCAAAUCCUUUAACAGGGGUUCCACGCUGAGGAAACACGUUUUAGCGAAACAUAAAGAGGAGAGACCGUACAAGUGUGGGGACUGUGAUGAGUUAUUUACUGAAAGGCUGCUGAUGAAGAGACACAUGAGAAAAGUUCAUGGUAUCAAAUUAUCCACGAGCCAAAGUACGGCCUAAGAAAUUCAAACAUAAUUAAUGAUGCAUCCCGCAUAUAGUCUAACAUCUGAGGAGAGAAUGAGUUUAUGUACCAAUACCAGAACAAUUCAUUUUUUAAAAACCUUGCUUUAAAAGGUGCUACACGUAAACAUUUAAAAAUGAACUAAACUUAUCAGCAGAAGGUGGAGAAAUAAAAGUUUUGACUUUAUGUCAAAGACAGCUAUGUAUUGUUUCAAAUUUCUUUUGAGGUUCAAUAACCAGCCCUCAAACAGACAGAAAAUUGUGUAUUAUCUGUCAUGUUAUCUGCAUAGGUCAUGUGACUCUCCAUGAUACAGUAAACUGUAGGAGCAGCUGCAUGCAGUAGGAUUUUAAUACUGCCUCUCUGAAAUUGUGGACCACUUUUUAAACUCCAAACACGCUUCAUAUUUAAGUUCUACUUCUGCCAUUUCCUCUGUGUUUGAAACUUCUGGUUAACAUUAAUGUGAACUACCACAAUUUUAUGGCGUGUUAUAAAAAUCACUAGCUUAAAAGAAAAAAAAACAAAAAAACAAAAAAAACAAAAACCAACUGUAUGAA